UAAAACAUCCAGAGAAGAAGAACGACUGCCAAUAACACCUUCAGAUAGCGAGAGACUGUCUGUUUAUAUGCACCUGUGGGGAGAAAGUGCAGUAAAGUGACAUGAGUAAAGCAAGUUAAAAAUACAGUAAGCGCCUGACACUGACAAUGUGGACAUCAGCGGGGAAUAUAUAGUGUAUCAUCUAAAUUCGCAUCGUGUUAUCAGCGCAUUCAACUUCAUUAUUACCAGAGUGGUGAGUGGAAGGAGAGAUCCUGCCUUCCCCCCCCUCCCUGCCCAUUCCAUCAUCUGAAGAGCAUCUUUCAUGCGUCUCCCUGGGCCCGAAUCCCACGUCAGGAUGAACUGUGAGCAGGAUUUUGGAGAUGGAGGCAUGAACGUCACUCUAACUCUCCGGCUGCUCAUGCACGGCAAGGAGGUCGGCAGCAUCAUAGGCAAGAAAGGAGAGACUGUGAAAAGGAUACGAGAGGAGAGCAGUGCACGUAUCAAUAUCUCAGAAGGCUCAUGCCCAGAGAGAAUCAUCACCAUCACGGGUGCCACAGAGUGUGUGUUUAGAGCCUUCACUAUGAUCACACUCAAACUGGAGGAGGACUUGGCUGCUCUUGUGGCGAAUGGCACAGUCACCAGUAAGCCUCCAGUCACGCUGCGGCUGGUCAUCCCGGCCAGCCAGUGCGGUUCCCUCAUAGGCAAGGGUGGCUCCAAAAUCAAAGAGAUCAGAGAGAAAACAGGGGCUCAGGUACAGGUGGCAGGAGAUCUUCUGCCUAACUCCACAGAGAGAGGUGUGACAAUAUCUGGCAGUCAGGAUGCCAUCAUCCAGUGUGUCAGGCUCAUCUGCACUGUAAUACUGGAGUCUCCUCCAAAGGGUGCUACAAUUCCGUACCGCCCCAAUCCUGCACCAGGCGCGGUGCUCAUUGCUGGAAAUCAGGCUUAUACUGUACAAAACCAAUACGGCAUUCCACACUCAGAGUUGGCCAAGUUGCACCAGUUGUCCAUGCAGCACGGUCUUGCCCCCAUAGCUCAACCAACGGCCACCCCAGUUCUGUCUGCAGGUAUCGAGUCCAGUUCCCAGACAGCAUCACAAGAACUUCUCAUUCCAAAUGACCUGAUUGGUUCAAUAAUCGGCAGACAGGGUACAAAAAUCAACGAGAUCCGCCAGGUGUCAGGGGCUCAGAUCAAGAUCGGCAGUCAACUGGACAGCACUAGUGACCGACACGUCACCAUCACAGGCUCCCCAAUCAGCAUCAACUUGGCCCAGUAUCUAAUCACAUCCUGUUUAGAGACCGCCAAAUCCACUGCCCAGUCCUCCUCCAUGUCGACCCCUGUAGACCUCAACAUGAGCUUCACCCAGACUGCUCCCCAUGCAUCGUCCUCUGCCGCAGCCCUGGCAGCGAUGGGCGGCCUGCCCCAUGCUCCAAUCUUGGGCGCCCCCUAUACCCUCCCCCUCUCCAGCCUCCUGGGAAUCAAAUCCGUCCCCUUCCUGACACUCUCGGCCCCUGCUGCCACCGCCGCUGCUGCCCCCACCCACGGCACCUUGGCCUCCUACACCGCCAAGAUCUCCUCCGCCAACGGCAUUAAGAAACCAGAGCGACAGAAGUUUUCGCCCUACUGAAGAGGAACUACUGAGUACCUCCUUUGUUUCCGAGAGAGGAAUACUUUGAGGGUUCUUCUCUUCUAGCCUGAUGUAGCGGUGUAGAAACAGACAGUACCAACUUAUUUUCUUUUUGGUUUAGUAGCUUGUCCUGAAAUAACUGUAGGAAAAUAAUGGCAUACAUUUUAAUUAUUACUUUUUUUUGGCUGAGGUAGCCGCUAAAGCCAUAGACUAUUCCUAAUCUCCUUUUUUCCCCGAAAUCUUUACACACGUUUAUUGUCUGCUCUUAUUUAUUGAUAAUAACGAAAUAUUCCCGCAAAAAGUUUAUAACGUAGAACAAUGUUGACUGAUGCUAAUCUCUUAUGUAUCAGCUUUUAUACAAUGAUGUCUGUGAAUGCUUCUGUAUACAACUUCCUGAUUUU